AUGAUAUUAGUAAUGAUAACAGCCACUAAUACCCACUUAAACUACAAUCUUGCAAAGGCAAGGAUCCGGCCCCCCAUCGUGAAUGUGAAUAAACAACAGCUAGAUAUGCAAGCUAAACUGUUUUUGACCAGACUAUACUUUAGGCUUCCCCGUACCAGCUUCCGUCAGUUCCCUGCGAGAGGUUUCCCACUACAGAAAAGUUUUUACUCCGAUCUGGCCACUAAAGAGUCUUUGAUCUCACCAGAGAGAAUAAUAAAUAAAACACCUGGGUUGAACUUAUCUAUCUCUGAAAGAGCGUCGAAGAGAUUAGCUGAGAUUUGUCGUGAUAGUAAAGAAAAUCUAAGAAUAAGUGUAGAAAGCGGUGGAUGUCAUGGUUUCCAAUAUAAUCUAACACUAGAACCUGCGUUCAAGUCAGAUGAAAAGAGAAGCGCCAGAAAUGAAGAAUUUUCAGAUAGUCUUGACGGUGGUGAUUCCAAGGACAUAGUGUACGUGUUACCCGAAGACAAAGGUCGAGUAAUCAUCGACAAUAAAUCACUAGAGAUUCUAAAUAAUACUACACUGACGUACACAAAUGAGUUGAUUGGCUCGUCAUUCAAAAUCGUCAACGGUAGACUAAAAAGCAGUUGUGGCUGUGGAAGUAGUUUUGAUAUCGAAGACUAG